AUGGCUUCACAGUGCCUGGUGGUGGAGAGAAGGGCGGGUGUGUGCGAGUGCGUGGCGGCGGGAGUGAAAAUAAGCUGAUAACGCAAAUUUGCCUUCACGCGGUGCUUGAAAUCGCAUAAGUGGAGAGCGCACGGCCUUACGGUUUAAUUAUUGCGUUCUCUGGCCUUUGUGCGUGUGAGGAAGACCAGGUGAGGGGUUAAUGAGUGUGGGAAAGUGUGAAAAACGUGGUGUGCGCGUGACUCCUCGGGUGAAUAAACUUAAUAUGUGGUGUUGAAAGGAAAAACAGCGGCCUAUUCUACACUGCAAUAAGCGUCCGCCUGCCUCGACUGUGAAGAAGAAGGAAAACAGACCGUAGACAACAAUAACAACAGAACAAAGUGAAAUAAAGUGAAAAAUAACAACAAUAGAGAAGUAACAAGAGAAAACAACAGUAAAGAAAGAAAUAAACAAAAGUGAAAUAACAGACUACGAAGACCAAGGAAGAAGUAAGAGGAAAGAAGGAAACCAACAAUAAAGAAAAACAAAAGUGAAAUAACAGAAAAGCAAGACAAAGGAAGGAACAAGAGGAAAAUAACAAUAAAGAUACACAAAAGAAAUAGAAAAGUAAGACCAAGGAAGGAACAGGAAGAGAGAAGGAAGACAUGAAGAGGAACACGAAAGGAAGGAAGACAUGAAGAGGAACCCUGAAAGAAGGAAGACAUGAAGAGGAACCCGGAAAGAAGGAAGACAUGAAGAGGAACCCGGAAUUAAGGACCCGCCGAUGAACCUUCCGUCGGCAACACUGAGAUCAACACAAAAAACAACCGCGUGACGUCACUGACAACAAACUUGGUUCCGGAGCGCGGGAAGGCGGCCAAUAAAAUGUAUAUCAGGUGCAAGGACGCGGCUCUCGGGGAAAACAGUUCUCGGAAGUGUAAAUAAACGGCGAUAAGGGGCGCAGGGAAGAGAGAGAAGCCGCCUGUGUGGGAAGUGGCCGCCAUAAUGUACAGGGAAAGGUCAAAGAGAUGAAGACGAUAGGACGCCAUUGUGGGAAAUAUUUACCAACUUUUAGAUUUUAAGUACAUGGUUUUAUGAACUUACUGUGUUGUUUGAAAGGGAGAAAAAGGGAGGAAAAGGUAAGACAUGUUGUGGAGGGAAAGGACCACAAGAUUGAAAAGAGAGACGCCACUGGUGGAAAUUUGAGCGUUUACGAACCUAACCAAAUGACGUAACUAAUGUAUAGAGAAAAGAAUAGAAGUUUCGUACAAAUUUAUAAGAAAAGAAAACCACAAUAAGUGAAAAAAAGAGGAACCACAAUAAGAAAAAAGAGAAAGUAUCAGAUUCCACACAAUUAAAUAAGAAAACAAAACUGAAACUAGAGAGAAAGAAUAAAAGGCAAAAAAAAAAAAAUAACCUUCCUGCCAAGCUAUAAGCGAAGGAAACCAAACCCAAAACCAUAAAUACCUUGAUAAAAGCGAACAAUGAAUCGCGCAAAUGGAUGAUAACAUAAACACGGCUAACGUAAGGGGGAGCAGAAUUUAGAGGAGCAUCGAAGGAGAGAGAUAAAUGGACCCGUUAUAUAAGGAAGGGAAAGACUGGGGAGACGGCGAUGGAUACUGCGAUGGAAGAGAGGAGUUUAGACGCCAGAAUGAGAUGACGUUAGGUGCGCAAAACUAAUGAGUAUCUUCCGCCAUCCAAAACAAGCGUAAAUAGAAGGUGAUGCAGCCCCAAAAUAAAGGAGAGAAGUGUUUACGAUUCCCGUAGUUGUGGAGGCGAUGAAAACAAGUGAUGGUCGUUGCCAGACGGAAGAAAUAAGGGAAGUAAAGAGAGAGGAAGUAGGUCGGAGGAAAGUGAGCAGACGAGCCGGAAAAUGAAGUAAGGAAAAUAAAAUGAAUAGAAAUAGAAACAUAAGUAAAGAUAGUGAAAUGAAGAUUAAUGAAUGCGCAUAAAAAGGUUCCGAAACACACAUUGAGAGAAUCAGAAUCUAUUGAAUAUACACAAACAGAAAUUAAGUGAAGUGUGAUAAAGAAAAGAAGUAACGAAACACAAAUACAUGAAAGAAAAGUAAUGAAAAUAGAAAAUGAAAAUACAAGAAUAUACAGAAAAAAAAUCAUUGAUGGUAUAAAUAAGUGGAAAAUCGUAAAGUUCAGAAAAAAAUAAAUUAGAAAAAAAUAGGAAACGAAAUUAAUUAGGUAGACGAAAAUUUUUGAGGUGCUAAAUUAUACACAAAAAAACAACAAAGAAAACUUACAAAGAUUGAAAAAAGUGAAAAAUCGUUAAAUUCAGGAAAGAAAACUAAAAAAUAUCUGACAGUAAUCAAUAAAGAAGUGAAUAAGAAAAGAGAAUUAAAGUGAAAAUGUUAGAGAUAGUCUUGAGGAAAUAUUGAACAAGAGAAACUGAAGAUAAUGAAAACGGAGGAAAAAUCUCUUGACAAACUACACAACAACAUUAUUUAAGGAACGAAAAGAAGGAAGAAGAGAAGGAGGAGGAGGAGGACGAGCGGAGGAGUUUGAGGGAAGGAAGGAGGAGGAGGAGACAGACGAGAAGAAGGAGGAGCAAACACAUGAAAAGAGAGGAAAGUAUAUAAGUUAGAGGUAAUUAGAGGAGGAGGAGGAGGAGGAGGAGGAGACUGGAAAUAGGGGGGAAAAAAAGAUAAAAGGGAGUGAUAAAGUAACAAACAAAAACAAGCAAACAAAGAACGACGCGGAAGUAGAGGAGGAGAAGGAGGAGGAAAAAAAAGAAGUGAAGGAGGAGGAAGAACAAAAGGGAGGAAAGAAAUUGAAGCUAAAGGAGAAGGACGAGGAAGAAGAAAAAGAAGCGAAGAAAGCAGAAGAAAAAGGAGGAGGAGAAAGAGGAGGAAUAAGGAAAAAUAAACAAAAAGGAGAAAGAGGAAGAAGAGAGAAGGAGGCAAACCUGAAACAGAGAAAAGAAGAGAGCGAAGAAAAAAUAGAACUGUAGAAAAGGACGAAGGAGAAUAAAACGGAGAAGACAGAAGGAGGAAGAAACAUAAGUGGAGAAAGAGGAGGAAGAUAAAUAUAAGACAAAAGAAAGGAGGAGGAAGAAGAAACAGAACAGGAAUAAAAAUAGAAAGAAGACAAAACGAAGAAAAGGAAGAAGAAACAAGAAGAUAAAACGUACAAAAUAAAGAAGAAGAAACCAGAAACAGAAGAAGAACAAGGAGAACGAGAACAAGAACACAACCACCACCACCACAACCACCACCACCACCAAGAUGAGGGAGGACGGUGGGGGGGACGGGGGGCAGUGCGGGUCGUGUGGUUACUACCUCAAGAACAUCAUUAAGUUUCUGAUCAGCCACAUCGGUCUCGUGUCCCUCGUCAUCGGUUACACCAUCGUGGGCGCCAUCACCUUCGAGCACCUGGAGGCCGACCACGAGAGGGCUGUCAAGGCGAAUAUGUCGGCGGUGAGAUUAGAGGUAACCGACGACCUCUGGAACAUCACUAAGAAUGACAUAGUCCUCAAUGAAACCCGCUGGUCGCUCUCCGUCCGCCACCGGCUCAUCAAGUUCGAGAAGUCGCUGAUCAAGGCUAUAAGGAACGAAGGCUGGGACGGCAACGAAGACCUGGAGAAAAGACAAUGGACCUUCGCGGGCGCCCUCUUCUACUCCAUCAUCCUUAUCACGACGAUAGGCUACGGUCACAUCGCGCCCAAGACCAACUGGGGCAAAAUCGUGACCAUCUUCUACGCCAUCCCGGGAGUGCCUCUGAUGAUGCUGUGCCUCGCGAACAUCGGCGACGGCAUGGCGCACUCCUUCAGGUUCCUCUACUGGAAGGUCUGCUGCUACGUCUGCACCAAGAGGCCCAAGAAGCGGCGGAGAGGCAGGUCCACGCGCGGCUCCAGAAGGUACCCCAGCACUUCAGGAGGGUCAAGGGCUCGCACUUCGUCCUUCAGGAGAUCGAAGAGAGCGUCCGAGAAGUCCGCGGACUCCCACUUGAGUGAUUCCGCCUUCUACACCUCCUCCUACUCCGACCCCGACUACAAGAUUGAGGACGAUAUGGUCGAGGCGGACAUGCGGACGCUAGGGGGUCACAGCCACAACCGCGCCUCGCAGAACUCGCGGGGAUCAGACUACCUUGCCCCGCCAGCCAAAGACGAGGACGGGCGCGUGGCGGUGCUCUUCAACAAGUACGCGCUGGAGCAGGAAGGGUUCUCGUCGCAGCCACAGGAGGACGGCGGGGGCGGCGGCGGCAGAGGGGCGAGGGAGGCGGCUGACAGGGACGGGGACCUUAGGGGGGAAGGGCGUGAGGGGCGGGAGGGGAGCAGACGCAGCAGAAGAGACGAGGACCCUGACAUCCCCGUGACCCACCAACCCCGGGGAGUCCAUGGGGGGCACCGCGGCGGCCCCCCUCAUCACCCUGGGUACGGUGACUCUCCUCCGAUGCCCCGCUCACCCAGGGCAUCGGAACGCUACCAACGGCAUCUAUCCCCGCCUCAUGACCCUCGGAACCGCCUGUCACGCCUGGACGAGGAAUACUACUACGACGACUAUGAUGACGGUUAUGACGAUGACGAGGAGGAGGAGGAGAUGAUCGAGGACAAGCCGGUUCCGAUCUGGCUUGGCGUGAUGCUGGUCGUGGCGUACAUCUUCGGGGGCGCCACGCUCUUCUCGGGCUGGGAGGAGUGGAAAUUCUUGGACUCGGUGUAUUUCUGCUUCAUCACACUUACCACGAUAGGUUUUGGUGACUUCGUUCCGGCCCAAAAGCUGAAGGACAACGUGGAGCUAAGCAUCGCCUUGUGCUCCAUCUACCUGCUGUUUGGCAUCGCGCUACUGGCCAUGAGCUUCAACCUGGUGCAGGAGGAGGUGAUCAGCAACGUCAAGAGCAUGGCAAGGCGGCUGGGCAUUCUCAAGGAGGAGGAGGAGGAGGAGGACCUGGACUAAGGGUGUCUGGAAGCCUUGAUUACCUGACUAGGGUGAACGAGACCUUAAGAACUUGGGCUUUAGGGUGACGUCUUGAAAACCUGACUAGGACGAAGAGAAAGAAGAGAGAAGUAGACUGUAGAGAAGAGAUUACCAGUAGAGAAGUCAAAAGGAAAAUGUCUUAACAAAAGGAGGAAGAGUAAGAAGAUUAGAAAAGAGGUAGAGAAGAUCGGAAAGAGAAGAGAAAUGUAGAAAAGUCAAAAGGAAAAUGUCAUAACAAAAGGAGGAAGAGCAAGAAGAUUAGAAAAGAGGUAGAGAAGAUCGAAAAGAGAAGAGAAAAGAAGAGAUAAACUAAAGAAAAAAAGUCUCAACAGAACCUCAGCCAUUAUCAUAAAGCCUCAUAAUGCUAAAAAGGUGUCAGGUACUUAAUUAUGAGUCUUGAACUGACAGACAAGCCCAUUACUGUCUUGUUCCAGGUAAUGGCAAAUGAAAUCUAGUGAAUCAGACUUCCUUCUUAUAUAUUAGUUGUUGAUGAAUUUUCGUAGUUAUAGCAUGUGAUUUUUUAUUUUAUUUAAUGCUAGUACAAGGCAGCGAAGGCAUAGUGUUAGGUCACAAAUCUACCACUAUGUAUUUAAUGUAUGGUGUGGUGGCGAGGGAGGCUCAAACUUGCAUCGCGGUAAUAGGAGUGUGAGUGUUCUCCCAACUGGGCCACAGCGCUGGUUGGCAUAUGAAGAGAAUAAUGAAAAUCCUAUACUGCACAACCCCUCUUGAUUGUGUGUCUUGGAGCAGAAUCUAAUCCAAUUCAAAUAAGUGACAUCAUAGAAGAACAGAACUAUCCCAUUAAUAAGAUCUGGGACUUGGAGACAUGUACAAGAGGUGUGUUACAGACGUAGUGACUCAAGAUACAAGGGAAUUCAGAACUCUAACCCGGGCUAUGAGGGAAAAAAAAUAAGUGCUUUACUUAGAGACAUACAUAAAUACUUGAAUGUACAAAAAGAUACAUUGAAAGAAAAGUAUGUUAAAGAUAAGCCCCCCAUGAUAGAAACAACUCAGUGCUUUACUUAGAGACAUACAUGAAUACUUGAAUGUACAGAAAGAUACACAGAAAGAAAAGUAUGUUAAAUAUAAGCCCCCUAUGAAAGAAACAUCCCUUUUCAAUUUUAAGUCCUGAACCAGAACCUGAAAAUAGAUCUGGCAAAACGCCCUAUUCAAGAAUGGGAUGUGGGACUCUGAAGUGGAUAGUGUAUUGAUAAGAUAGAAAAAAGGGGCUGUCUCAUCUGCCUCAGUGUAGUUACGGGGAUGGAAAUGUGUUAAAAACUUGUUAAUAGGUUAAGAGCAGUUGUAAUGUCCAGGGUCAUGUUAAACUGUGGAUGAUGUGUGAGUUGAACAGGCUCUCUCGUCCUUGUUACCAGUGUUGAAGGCGGUGUGUGUGAGUGGUGUUAGUGCGGUGAUGUCAUGAUAGUAGUACUCGUGUUAUAGAGCUUGUGUUAUAGAGGAGCUAAGGUCAGUUGAGUUAUAGUAAUAUUAUGUCUCCACUGGGACCUUUAAGUAAGCUAUCAUGCACUUAAGUCAUAGGGUAUAGUCAUAGGUCGUAGUAAGGGUAUAGUAAGUAAGUACAGUAAGUGCGUUCAAGUGUGACCUUGUAGGAUAGUCUUUAAAGGGGAGUUGAGUCAAGUAGUUGUAAGUAUUUUGUAGUUUCGUCUCCCCUGGGACCUCAAGUUUCGUGUGGGAAUCCCUGAACCACAGAGCUCAGUGAAACGGUUGAAGCAAAUGUGAAGUUAGUGUUGAGUCACUUUUAUGUUUCUGUCCACUACUACUGGUGCUAUGGACCUAGUCACUAAGAAAUGAAAACUUGAUAUACAAUGUUAUUUAUUUAGUUAUUGUGUGUGUGUGUGUGUGUGUGUGUGUGUGUGUGUGUGUGUGU